AUGGCAGAGGCCAUCAUUCUCGUCUCUCGGCCAGUUCGCUUGAAGAACUGGUCGAGGGACUGCGGCCUCGUCGCCGAGGUCCCCACGGCCGACGUGGGCGACCUGGACCGUGCGGUCGCCCUCGUUCUCCUGGGGAAGCCCGCGCUGCCCGUGGAGGCAAUCGACCUCGGGGACCCCGAGGUGCGGGCCGCCCUGCGAGCGGAGGGGGGGCGAGGCCGCCUCUUCCGCAGCAGGGUUCUGGAGGUCCACGCCGUGGGCCCUUCGCAGUCGGCCGUCGCCGACCGCGACUUGAACGGGGCGCUGCGGGCGCUGCGCAGCGCCGAGUUCGAGUCACGGACCCCGUUCAAGCUCAUCGGCCAGCAGGUCCUUGAGCGAUUCUGUGGGCUACCCGAGGUUCGAGACGUACUUGCUUCGUGGAGGGACAAGGGCUACGCCGUGCAGGGGCCGCAGUACGCGUACAUCCCCAGAGUCCCGAUGGUGCAGCUGAUCACACGUGGUAUCUUCCGCUCAGUGUACAUGUGGCCGUCGGCCACGCGGCUGUCGAGGCGCAGCCGCCAGGCCGACCGUGCUUUCGACGCCACCUUCGGCCUCGACCUGGCCGCGGCCGCGGUGGGAGACAACCCCAUCGUGCCGCGAGGCGUUGCCCGCCUGACGGCUUCGUCCGUGGACAUGGUGGCCGCCGCCCUCCUCGACUGUUACCGGACGCUGCCAGACGCCGCCCAGCAGCAUCGCCAUGCUGCCGUUGCAGAAGCCGUCCAUUACUUGACCGAUGUCUCGGACAGCCUACGUGGGAACCCCACCUUCUCUGGCGUGCGCAAGCGCGUCAGGAUGGCCGCGGAGACCGUCAUCAACACGAUACUGUUGUCAUCACACCUGCACGGGGCCGAGCACUUGACCAGCACGCUCAGAGAUGCUAUCAAGAUUGUCCUCCCAGGGAAGCUGGGCGAGCCGCUGCUGGAGUCGCUCCAGCACAGCGGCGGCAUGCCUGUCCGACAAACCGUGCAGGGCUACUUCUUCACCCUCGACGCCGCUUUGUGCAAGGAGGAGCAACACCAAACUCGCAUUGGCCUGACUUCGGACGCCCCUUCGGUCGAAUGCGUGCUGAGCGACAGCAGCCCACUACUCGGCGUCGAUUGGCAGAUGACAGAGUCUUUCAAGUGCGCGGACGCCGUGCGGGUGUACGACUUGUGCAGGGAGCUUCAACGCGUCAGGCAGGACGCUGUUGAUUUUGCCCACGGCCACGGCAGCGGGGGCCUUGAGCAGGACGACGACUACGAUGCCGAAUAUGUGCCAGACUCGCGGGCGGAGGCGUCUCGCCGAUACCAGAGCUUGACGAGGGAACUGCACAAACUUUUCACUCACCACCAGUUCACGGCGCUCGGGAUGGGGUCCCAGGCGACAAAGGCAGGCGACAAACUCCACGCUCUGAUCCACCAGUUUCGCCUUGCGUCGCCCUCUAUGGCGGAGGCGCAGAUGCGCAGCCAGCGCGUCCUGGCGUUCUGCUCAGACCUUGGCACGGAGUCUGCUUUGCACAGCGCCCUCCCAGCAGAUCUGUCGCAAGCCUUCCCCCACUGGCUGGACGUCCGCGCUGAAGAUGAUGACGGUCGCGCUGCCCCUGCUGCUCCAGCUGGCACCCAGAGCGCCGCCGCGGCGGCGCCCGACCUCGCGGGCAUCGCGGACGACGACGGCGCCGCUGCCCCCCCCGCAGCCGACGCCAUGUUCGCAGACGAGAUGGACUUCGAGGAAGACGACGGCGGCGCCCGAGCAACAGCUGGCUCCCCAGACGGCGGCAACAUGGACGCAGCAGACGACAACGGCAUGGCUGUCGCAGGCGUCCUCCACAUCUGCAACAACGGGCUCAACGAUGUGAUCAAGGCGCUAGAGCACGAGCAGUGGUAUAUUGAUAGAUGCAAGCCCCUUGUGAAAUUGCUCGCGGACGAGUGGACGAGGAAUCGGCUCCUUGAGCGGUGUUUUUCCUCGGAGGGCGCACGUCAGCACCACGCCAGCAUCAAGGCCGUCACGACCAAACCAACCGAAUGGCGCUUCGGGUCUUGGAUACCAGCCUUGGUCCAGCUCCAGUGCUGCGAGGUGGGUCUCCGACACUACUGGGAUCUCGCCUCCUACAACUCUCGGUCUGGGGCGCUGGACGUCGGCGGCGGCGGCGGGGGUGCCGAGGCAGACCCGCAGAGGGCCAGGGCGGAGACGGCUGCUCCAGACAGUAGAGAAGAGCUGAAGCUCGUCAACGAGGCGAUCAACAGUCCUGCCUUCUGGGCGCACGGGCACAUGAUCCUCCUGGUUACACACGGGAUCCUGUUCGAGUUCCAGAACUGGUGCGAGAGCUGCGUCUGCCAUGAUACCGACUUCAGGUACAAGCCAGGCUUCAGCGCUGCCCGUCCGUAUUUCGCCAGACGGAGUGACUACGGGACGGAGACGGGCGCGCGGCAUGCCCCGUGCCCCUUGCGCGGGCGCCGCGCCCCCGAGGUCGCGGCGGGGAAGGCGAUGCAUUUGUUGCGGGAGCUCGCGGGGCAGUCGCUCGGUGCGCUCGUCAUGCGGACAGCGGCGCUUCAGCCAGCCGACAGAACAAUGGUCGUGCGAGAGUUCGAACGAUGCAGGACAGCACUAAUGGAAGUGAUGGAAUCAAAGCUCGGCCAUUGGACGCGCCUUCCACAUCGGCUAUGUGCGCUGGGGUGCACUUCUGCUGCGGGGUCAUGCCAGGACCCAGCCAGGGACGCCGUGCGCUCUUGCAUCGACAUGUACGCGGCGCUCACGGACGAGCAGCGCCAUGGUCUUUGGCCACUCGUCGCCCAGGUCUGCGACCCGUCAUCUCCGUCCUGGGGCGAGGUGCAGAGCUUCAUCGGCGGGGCGCCCCUCGACGACCUGCCCAACUUGAAGCGGAUGGCUGGCUCCAUGCAGUGCGACCCGAUCUGCGAGCGCCCCAUCGAGAGCCGCCACCGACACAACAAGCUGAACACGUCGAGGGCCCCGCGCGCAGGCGGGGCCUUCGUUAACGUGAUGUUGAAGCUCCCAGGCAUGGUUCGACAACUCAAGUACGACCCACAGAUGUUCCUGCGCCUUGCCACCACGGUCGGGGAAGUCCGAAAGUCACCCGAGAAGAUCGCCCGCAUGUUCGACCUGCAAGGCCACCACACGUUGACGGCAGCAGCAGCCAGGAACGGCGCCUUCACCAGGGAGUUGUUGGCCACUGUUUUCUACAG